CGUUUCCAGGUGUACACAAAAAAUCAAAGCAUUUUUUGAGCAAUUUCAAACAUCAUUCUGCAACAACUUCACUAGAAGAUGUUGGAAAUCACUUGCAACGAUCGUCUGGGCAAGAAGGUUCGCGUGAAAUGCAACCCGGACGAUACGAUCGGCGACCUCAAGAAGCUGAUUGCCGCACAAACAGGAACCCGGUACGAUAAGAUUGUGUUGAAAAAGUGGUAUACAAUCUUCAAGGAUAACAUAAAGCUGUCGGAUUAUGAAAUCCAUGACGGUAUGAACUUGGAACUGUACUAUCAGUGAGCGUUCGGUUAGGGGUAGAUAUUCACAUUUUUCGUAAAUAAUGAUUAUUAUUAAGAUUGACUUUUGUCGUAAAUCCUAAUUUUGUGUUCUCAGAAAGGUAUGUAAAUAAAACCGUUAUGAGU